AAAUAAAAUAAUAAUUCUCUCUACUAUAAUAAUUUCAUCCAAAAACUUCCAAGUAAAUCUUGAUUAGCACUUUUGUGUCCUUAGCUGAAGUUAAUUGAAGAAAAUGAGAAGAAAUUGUAAUUUGGAACUCAGUCUUAUGCCUCCUUCUCCUAACAACUUUUCAAUGGAGGAUCAAGAAUUAGAGAAUAAGCAAUCACAGCAGCUAACAAUAUUUUACAAUGGAAAAUUUGUGGUUUCUGAUGUAACUGAACUUCAGGCUAAAGCUAUAAUACAUCUCGCAAGUAGAGAAAUGGAAAAGAAAACACACAAGACUCCACCACCAAUGUCUGAGCCAUCAUCACCAUUAUUACAACCUCAAACUGGUCUAUUUAUGAAGAAAUCUCUACAAAGAUUUUUACAAAAAAGAAAAAAUAGAAUUCAAACAGCUUCGCCAUAUCAUCACUAGCUGAUGGAAUUUGGCUCUAUUUAGUUCCAUAUGUACAUAUGUUUUGUAUUUUUGGUGUUACAGAUAUUUAUAUUUUUUAUGUGAGAGCUAGAAAAUAAGCUUAUACAAUAGGUGAAUUUUGGUAAUUAAACACAACACUAGUGUAUCACUUAUUUUACAGAUUUGAUAAUACAAAAUUAAUUUUUCUCAUUU